AUGUUCGCUCUGCUCACCUCCAGCCCCGCGCUCGUCGUCGUCUCGCCGUCGCUCGCGGUCCAGCGCGGCUUCGCUGCCGCGGCGCCCGUCGCCCUUCCGCCGACUCCACGCUCGCCUCCUUCUCGGAGACGCUCGCUGGCGGUGCACCUUCCCACCUCCGGCGCAUCGCCCGGCCUCGACCCGCCGCUCACCGUUUCUCUCUCCACCCUAGUCGUCGCCGUGGACGGCGGCACCAUCGGCCUCGACGUCUCCUUUGGCACCUUCCUCGCCGUCAUCCUCGGCCUGUUCAUCCCGGUCGUUUUUCUUGUGACGCUGUACAUCCAGUCAGAGGCGCAGGGCACCGCGACGUCAUUCCGCGAGGCGGACUCGCUCGGCGGCAAGCUCUUCGACGACCCCGCCGACUACUAG